UUUGUUUUGCUUAUGCAACUAAAUCAUCAAAUGACGACGGUUCCUAUCACCUACAACCAUGCUUGGACCUUUUCUCAUCCUCAUCAUGCACUUCCUCUGUCCCUCACACACUGCAAAUUCUACACGAUUGCAGUUCCUCGCAGCAAAUAUGGUGUUGGCCGAGCCUCCUCUUCUCCACUCUCCCGUUUUCGCGUGUUUUGUCAAUCCAAGACGGAGACAAUGCAGAUAAGAAGGUGCUCCCCUUUUCUAGAAAGUUCAUUACUUUUUGGUAACGGUGCUGUGGCCUCAGAUGAGUGGAAAGCAGUUCCUGAUAUUUGGAGAUCUUCUGCGGAGAAGUAUGGUGAUAAAGUAGCCUUAGUAGAUCCAUAUCAUGAGCCUCCUACAACUAUGACGUAUAAACAGUUGGAGCAGGCAAUUUUGGACUUUGCAGAAGGCUUGAGAGUGAUUGGGGUAAGACCAGAUGAGAAGCUUGCACUUUUUGCAGAUAAUUCAUGUCGUUGGCUUGUAGCAGAUCAAGGUAUGAUGGCAAGUGGAGUAAUCAAUGUGGUAAGAGGCUCAAGGUCAUCAGUUGAAGAGCUAUUGCAAAUAUACAACCACUCGGAAAGUGUUGGACUAGCCGUGGAUAGCCCUGAAAUGUUUAGCCGGAUUGCAAAAACAUUCUAUUCAAAGACUAGCAUGAGAUUUAUUAUCUUACUUUGGGGAGAAAAAUCAGGCCUGAUUGGUGAAGAAAACAACGAGGUGCCAGUCUUUAGUUUCAUGCAAGUCAUAGAUUUGGGACGAGAGAGUCGCAGGGCACUAUCUGAUUCUCAUGAUGCUAAACAGCAUUAUCUUUAUGAAGCAAUCAACUCAGAUGACAUUGCUACUCUUGUUUAUACAAGUGGAACUACUGGAAAUCCAAAAGGUGUUAUGCUUACCCAUGGGAAUCUUCUGCAUCAGAUAAAAAAUUUAUGGGACAUUGUACCUGCUGAAGUUGGGGAUAGAUUUCUAAGCAUGCUACCACCUUGGCAUGCAUACGAAAGAGCUUGUGAGUAUUUCAUUUUCACAUGCGGUAUUGAGCAAGUAUACACAACUGUGAGAAACCUAAAGGAUGAUUUGGAACGUUAUCAACCACACUAUUUGAUUUCUGUUCCUUUAGUUUUUGAAACAUUAUACAGUGGGAUCCAGAAGCAGAUAUCUACAGGCUCCCUGGUUAGAAAGCUUGUCGCACUGACUUUCAUAAAUGUCAGCUUAGCAUACAUGGAGUAUAAGCGAAUUUACGAGGGUAAAUGUCUAACAAAGAAUAAGCAGCAGCCUUCGUAUGUCCAUUCAAUGUUAGACUGGUUGUGGGCAAGAAUUAUUGCCACAAUAUUAUUUCCAGUUCAUAUUCUGGCAAGGAAACUCGUCUACAGUAAAAUCCAUUCUGUUAUUGGAAUAUCAAAGGCUGGAAUAAGUGGUGGUGGUAGUUUGCCCCAGCAAGUCGAUAAAUUUUUUGAGGCAAUUGGUGUGGCAGUGCAGAAUGGAUAUGGUUUAACAGAAACUUCACCAGUUAUUGCUUCUCGACGACUUAGAUGUAAUGUUAUCGGAUCUGUUGGGCAUCCAGUUCACCAUACAGAAUUCAAAAUAGUAGAUUCUGAAACUGAUGAAGUUCUUCCACCUGGUUCAAAGGGCAUUUUGAAAAUCAGGGGCCCACCAGUGAUGAAAGGAUACUUCAAGAAUCCUUUAGCUACAAGUAAGGCCUUGGAUGGGGAUGGCUGGCUGUAUACUGGUGAUUUAGGGUGGAUUGUUCCCCACCAUUCAACAGGGCGGAGUCGUAACUCUGGCGGUGUGAUUGUUGUUGAUGGCCGUGCUAAGGACACUAUUGUGCUUUUAACAGGUGAAAAUGUUGAACCAGUGGAACUUGAAGAAGCUGCCCUAAGGAGUAGCCUGAUUCAACAAAUUGUUGUUGUUGGCCAGGAUAAGCGACGUCUAGGAGCUGUAAUCGUUCCCAACAAAGAAGAAGUUCUUAAGGUAGCAAGGGAGUUGGCAAUUAUAGAUUCCAACAGUUCAGACGUUGUUAGUAAGGAAAUAUUGACGAGCCUAAUGUAUAAAGAAUUAAAGACCUGGAUGCCAGAAUCUCCAUUUCAAAUUGGACCAAUCCUUCUUGUAAAUGAACCAUUCACGAUUGAUAAUGGUCUAAUGACACCAACCAUGAAAAUUCGAAGGGAUAGAGUUGUGGCUCAAUACAGGGAGCAAAUAGACAAUCUAUACAAAUAAACCACCGAGUGCCAAUGGCAUCAUCAUACAUGCACAAGAGAGAUUUGACAAUAUAUUAUGUUAAAGACAGUUACAUAAAGUCCUAUUCUUGGGUAACAAUCCUUUUCUAUUGUAUCUUACAGAAUAUAAAGUACUGUUCUCGACAAUACAUUGAAGUUAACGUGUGCAGAGACUGAUAGAGACUUU